AUGGACCCAGAGCUUACAGAUGUGACAAAUAUAGACGGAGUAACGUCCCUCCACGCCACAUGCCCCACACUCGAAUUUCAGUUUUGGUUUCUUAUAGAGGCUGAAUUGGUGGGGAUGAUCACCGAAAUGAUUUUCAGUGAUGUUGCGCCAUGUGGAGGUGCACUUGAGGUCGAGGAUGAAGUCACAUCCAGAUUUGGAACAACGGUAAGCGAAGGGAGCCAAGGUGGGGCCCUGCUGCUGCGGGGACAUUGGUUGCAAGAGUAG